AUGGACUCGUAUGAAGAAUACUUAGAGGUCAGGCCAAUUACGGAACUUGUUUCAAGAUCUAAUAUGUACCACUCAGAAGAUUAUAUUGCCUCAAUGAUAUCAAACCCUCUAUAUUACCCAUUCGUAGUAAAGUUUGUUCCAAAAAAUGAUCAAAAACCAAAAAUUGUGGCUUACUUUGAAAUAUAUAUAUUGCCUCACCUGGGAAGAAUGUUUGAUUCUCGUCUAGAAAGAGUUAUUGUGACCCCGGAAUACAGAAACCUUGGAAUAUUCAAUUACUUAAUUACAUUCGCUAUCGAUUUUUGCAAAUCGACCCUAAAGUGUAACAGAAUAGACUUAAUAUGCGAAAAUCCAGUUGCUAUGCGUGUUUACGAACGUUUCGAAUUUGAGAAGGUUGAUACGACCUUGUACAGAAAAUAUCUAUAA